AUGUUCAUGGUCUUCAUGUUUUGUUUCCUUCAUCUGCCGGGAAAUAACGGUGCCUCUCAUACCACCAAUGUCCUCCAAACACCUCCAUUCAUCAUUAAGAGAGCUGGUGAAUCUGUUGACCAUGAGAUCUACUGCUCACACAAGAUAAAAAAUUAUGACGUUAUUCUCUGGUACAAACAAGACAAAUACAAAUAUCUCAAGUUACUGGGAUAUCUUAACACUAACUUCCCAACCUUAGAGAAAGAUGUGAAAGGAAAUAUCAGCUUCAUUGGAGAUGGCCGUACACAUUCAAACCUGACUAUAUCUGAUGUUUCAUUAAAUGACAGUGCAGUGUAUUUCUGUGCUGCCAGUCAGCACAGUAUAAUUGAUGGGAAUGAUGUCAACCAGAUACCCAUACUGUGGAAAGAUAAGGAACAUAAUGCAACAAUACACUGCAGCCACACUAAGGGUGUGGAUUUUCGCCAGAUGUACUGGUACAGACAGCUGCCAGGAGAAAGGAUGAAACAAAUAGUUUACACUACCCCGAGUCCUCCUCACCAAUAUGAGAGUGACUUUACUGAAGCCAAAUUUCCAGCACAGAAGAAAGAUUAUGAAAAUGGAUCUUUGACAGUAGUGAAUCUGCUGCCUGAAGACAGCGGAGUGUAUUUUUGUGCUGUGAGUAAACACAGUGAUACAGGUGACUGA